CUCCUUGUCGUCAUUCUAUAACACACUUCCGCGUUACCUGACCGACAACAACUCAACACGGUCGGACUAACUAACUAAGUAACUAAGUAACUAACUAACCAGCCAACGUUGUUGAAUGACUACAAUACCUUAUUGAAGACUUACGCAGCCAGGGUGAGAAUGGCUGACAACCUGAAGACUGAGUUGGUCAGCGCCAUCCACCUGCAGGAAGUGGAAUUGUCGGACAGGACGUCUGACGGCCAACAUGAUGUGAAAAACAAUAGUGACACCUUCACAGUGGAGGAGGCGGUGGAACACAUCGGAUUUGGAAGAUUUCACGUGAUGCUCUUUAUCAUCAUGGGAAGCACCAACAUCGUGGAGGCUAUGGAGAUCAUGUUCCUGCCGGUGGUUGCUCCUGAGAUUCGUUGUGAGUGGCGUCUGGAGGACUGGCAGGUGGCGCUUGUGUCCACGAUGGUGUUUUUGGGCUUCAUGGUGUGCGGCGUCCUGAGUGGAUACUUGGCUGACAAAUAUGGCCGCUGGAAGGUUGUUUUUGGAGGUUUCCUGUGGAGCACCUACUUCUCCUUCCUAACCUCCUUCGCUCCGUCCUACUCAUGGUUCAUCUUCCUGCGCAGCAUGGUGGGCUGCGGCGUGGCUGCAGUGUCGCAGGGGUUUGUGUUAAAGACCGAGUUCAUUCCAGCCAAUUAUCGAGCUGUCCUCUUGCCAUUGGCCUCUAUCUUUUGGAUGACAGGAACCAUGCUGAUCAUCAUCCUUGGAAUGCUGGUUGUUCCAACACUUGGCUGGAGGUGGAUGAUCCGCAUCUCCAUGUCCCCAGGCAUCAUCCUCAUCUUCCUCUUCCAGUUCAUUCCGGAGUCGGCUCGCUUCAACGUGUCGGCAGGAAACGUUCAGGCCGCACUGGACACGCUAAACUGGAUUGCCAAGAUGAACAAAGCCUCUCUUCCGCCGGGACGCCUGGUGGAGCCUGUUGUGGAGAAGAGAGGCAACUGGAGGAUUUUGGUGGGACCCGCCUUUAGGAGGACAACUUUGCUGCUCUGGUACUCAUGGUUUGUGGCGUCCUUCACGUACUACGGGUCGGUUCUGAGUAGCUCUGAGCUUCUGGAAAAGAACUUAUUAUGUGUGACCGACGGCGACCACGAGCAUCAGGUCAAACAUCUCACUGAGGACGAACGCUGUUACUGCAUCCCCUUCGCCAACAGCGAUUAUCACACGCUCCUUAUCAGCUGCUUGGGAGAGGUUGCACUUAUCCCAGUAAACAUCUGUCUGCUCAAAGUGUUUGGAAGGAAGAGGUCUUUAAUGACGUUGCAGCUAGCGGCGGCCGUCGUCUUCCUGAUGCUCAACAUCUGCACCACAAUGUUGGGCUUCACCGUAAUUUUGUUCCUGCUACGCUCUCUGGUCUCCAUGAACUUCACCGUAGUUUAUAUCUACACAGCGGAGGUGUAUCCGACUGUGGCCCGGUCGCUGGGGAUGGGUUUCUCCACGUCGUUCAGUCGUAUCGGAGGAAUGAUCGCUCCUUUCAUCGCUCAGGUGCUCAUGUCUCAGUCUGUGAUCCUGGCGCUGAGUCCGUUCACCACGGCGUGUGUGCUCUGUGCUGUGGGAAGCUUUCUUUUGCCGAUAGAAACAAAAGGUCGAGCUCUGCAGCAAAUCUCCUGACACCACUACCUGAACAAAGAAUAUUUUAUUCAUUAUUUUCUAACAUGAAAGUAACUCGCUGCAGUUGGAAUGUUUAGGUGCUUUUUAAAAAAGGUUGACUUUUUGAAAAUUCGUACAGGUCUUUGUCAAAACAAAGUACAUUUUUUUUACACUCCUACAGUCUGUUUCAAAUAGAUCAGGGAUUCUCAAACCGUGGUACUUGUACCACCAGUGGUACAGAGGCUUUAUCUAGUCGUACGUCAAAGACUCACUUUGUUAAAGUACAGUGUUUUAUUUUCCUAUAUUCAAACUGUAUGUAAUGUGACCUUGGCCAAACAUAUUAAAUAUAAUUGUUAUUUAAAAAAAAGCCUCUGUUGUAUUCAAAACAGGCCUACUAUGCAACUGUAUUUUAACGGGGGUCAUUGCGGUGCUUGGAGAGUCAAGUAUUUUCUGAGGUGGUACUUGGUGGAAAAAAAGUUUGAGAACGGCUGAAAUAGAUAUUAGUUUUUUACAUUCUUAAAUAUCUUUUCUUCACAUUACAUGUGUCAAACUCAAAGCCCAGGGACCAGUUUUGGCCUUCCACAUCAUAGUAUGUGGCCCGCAAUAGCCUGAAAAUUAAAUGCGUCAAUAAAGUACUUGACAGAAGAAGAAAAUACGUGUACUGUGUGCAAUUGCAAAUAUUUUCAACCUUAAUAUUAUAUAAUAAUGUAAACAUAUUACCAUACAUUCCAAGCUUGUUUUGUUAUUAUACAAAUACAUGUUCAAAUAUAUGCUUGCAUUAUGAUUUUGAAGCAAGUAAUCCAUCAAACUGUACACUGUAAAAACGUCUCUAGAUUUUAUAGUAGAAAACGUGCAGCUCAGUUGCCAAAAUUGUACCUUAAAAUUGUGGUACGUUUUUCCAUUUACAGUAAAUGCUGUAAAAACGCUGCACAUUUUAUGUUAAAAUUCCAGCGACUGAGCAGCCAGCAAAGUCUACAGAUUUAUUUUUAGUCCAUGUAAAAAAUAUUUAUAAUACUGUAAUCAUAUUCAUAGGCAAUUACUUUUUAUAUUCACAUAUUAUACACCCUUACAAACGGCCCCCUAAGUGCAGCCUUAUCUGCGAUGUGAUUUUGUGUCCAAAAUUAGUUGGAUGCCCCUGUUUUCAAUAGUUAAUUCUUUUACAUUCCACACAUUUUUUUUCCAAAAUAAGUACAAUUUUUUAGCUUCACAUACACCUUUUUUUAAAUAAAGUAUUUUUCUAAACUCCCA